AGAAUCUGAGCUCCAACUACGGACCCAAAAAUCCGCAACCCUUCUCUUUUUCCUGAGUUUCUCGUUUCCCCUCCUUGGGCUCGGAGGCUACAGUUCCUGCCCCACCCGCAAGACUGCCCCCGCGCGCGGCCGCGGCCAUGUCCUUCCCGCGGCUCCUCCUGGCCGUCCUCGCCGCCACGGUGGCGGCGGCGUACGCGCCCGCGCGCGCGGCGGGCGCCGGCGCCGGUGCCUGCGCGGCGGAGAAAUUGUCCAGCAACCGCGUGUUCCAGACGUGCGCCGACCUGCCCCGCCUCGGCGCGUCGCUGCACUGGUCCUACGACGCCGCGGCGUCGUCCCUGUCGGUGGCGUUCCUGGCGGCCCCGCCGUCCGCCGGCGGGUGGGUCGCCUGGGGCCUGAACCCCAAGGGCCAGAGCAUGGACGGCACGCAGGCGCUGGUGGCCGUCCCCAGCGGCGGCGGCGGCGGCGGCGGCGCGUACGAGGUGCAGACCUACAGCAUCUCCGGCACCUCGCUCGGCUCCCCGGGGGCCCCCCUCGCCUACCCGACGUCCGACCUCGCCGCCGAGCUCGGCGGCGACGGCCGCGUCCGGAUCUUCGGCACGCUCAAGCUCCCGAACGGCACGGGCGGCGCCGAGGUCAACCAGGUGUGGCAGGUGGGGCCCUACUCCGGCGGGAUCCAGAUACACGAAAUGAAAGGCGACAACAUGAACGCCAAGGGCACGCUGAACCUCCUCACCGGCGCCACCGCCGCCGCCAGCGGUGGGGGCAGUAUCCUCAGGAAGAAAAAUACGCACGGGAUCCUGAACGCCGUGAGCUGGGGCCUCCUGCUGCCCAUGGGCGCCACCUUCGCUCGGUACCUCAAGACGUUCAGGUCCGCCGACCCGGCCUGGUUCUACCUCCACGUGGCGUGCCAGCUGGCCGGGUACGGCGUCGGGGUGUCCGGCUGGGCCACCGGCAUCCACCUCGGGAACCUGUCCAAGGGGAUCACCUACUCGCUCCACCGGAACAUCGGGAUCACGGUCUUCGCCCUCGGCACUCUGCAGGUCUUUGCGCUGUUCUUGAGGCCGAAGAAGGAGCACAAGUACCGGGUGUACUGGAACGCGUACCACCACUCGGUGGGGUACACGGUGAUCGUGCUGGGCGUCGUCAACGUCUUCAAGGGCAUGGCCAUCCUGGACGUGGAGCGGAGGUGGAGGACGGGCUACGUCGCCGCCGUCUCCGUGCUGGCCGCCGUCGCCGUGGCGCUGGAGGCCGUCACGUGGGGCGUCGUGCUGCGGCGCCGGAAGCAGGAGGAAAAGACCUCCAACGCCGGCCGCUUGCCGCUGUCUAUGUAAUAUAUAUAUAUAUACCUCAUCGUCGUCGUCGUCGGGGGCGUCUCACUAUAUAUCUAUCUGAUCUGAUCUGAUCUUCAGAGUAGUAGGCCUUACGAUGGGUUGGGUUAGCUAGCUAGUGUGUGUAUCUUCAUUGUAUGGUAGGUGUCUCUGUGUGUGUGUGUAUACUGCACGUUCGUAUACUGGAGAUGAGUGAGUGUGAUACCGGCCGGCGGCAUUGGUCUUUGGCUGUUGCCUUUUUGUUUCUGUUCGUUCGUGAAUGCUGAUCUGAUCAUGCACUUGCGUUC